UAUGGAGUUUGAAAUCAAGGGCAAGUUCCUAACUUAUUUUAGUAAAGCAAUUUCUGUCCCAUUUGUUAGCCAUAGUUGCUCAUCAUACAUUCUGUUUUUGGUAACCCAAACCUUUCUGGGAUAUUGUUAAUAAUUCUUUACGAUGUUAGAGCAUAAUCUCUUUUGCUUGUUUAUAAUUCUUCCUUUUGGUGUCAAAUCAUGCCUCUAUUUCAAAUAGUCGGAGUUUUAACUCUAGGAAGUGACACAUUAGCAUUCAGCCACCAACCUUUGUCUAGUUGUGUCCUCCUAUCAUAUUUCACCCCUUUACUCGGUUUUGUGUGAUUCUUAUAUCAUUUAGGGAUCUGUUCAGUACAGUAAUUUUUUACAUUCCUAAAUAUCUUGGAUAUCAUAAUUUGAUUAUCACCCAAAGUAGUGUCAUCUAUGCCUCUUGGUAUCUUGCAUGGCGUUGGGCAUCUUGGAAACUUGUGUACUAGACACAAACAUCCCUUCACAUCGAAUAUAUUAAGAUGGAGUUUGGCUCCUUUUUGCCCCACCUCACACUCUUUAGGAUUUGAAUCCCUAUCCAUCUAAUUGUGUCUCCAUGCAACCUGUGUAGUUUAUUUUAUGCUGCACAAAACUAUGCAUCUUUCUCUAUUAGCUGCCUUUGGAGAGUCACAUUUCCUGCAUGUCCGUAUUGCUUUCUUGAGAUUUUUGAAUCAGUUUGAGUGCAUCAAGCAUGAUGCUGCCCAGAUCAUUGCUGGCAUUUUCUGCUCCCAACCAAGGAAGGAUAGAAGUGGCAGGAUUCUCUGUGAAGAGUAUAUGCAUUCAUCAUUUACCAAAGAUUUGAUGUCAAAUUUGGGAAGAGAGUGCCAAUUAGAUGCUGAAAAUCUGUCAAGAGAGAGGAAUUUUGGUGAAAAGAACGCGCCACAAGCUGUUUUCAAUGCUUUGGAUAAUAUGCUAAAGGACAGUCUAGAGCGUUUGCAGAAGAUGAGGAAAUGCAUAACUUUGGCAAAAGUAGAUCUUGCGGGAUCUACAUGUAAACUUAACUACAUUGAACACACAACCAUCAUCAGAAUAUUGUGCUUGGAAGGUAAAUUGGGAGCAGCAUUAUGGCUUCGGAGCAAAAUGGUGCAGAAAGGUUUUCUUCCUGAUUCAUUUACCCACAACCAUCUGUUGAAUGGGCUGUGUAAAAUGGGUCUAAUGGAGGAAGCAGACUGGCUUAUUAAACAGAUGUUAGAACUGGGCCCCUCUCCCAACCGUGCUACCUACAACACGUUUAUAAAGGGUUAUUGCCUCACUAAUAAUUUAGAUAAAGCUCUUCAUCUGUUUUCGACCAUGGCCUAUGCUGGUAUUCAGCCAAACAGGGUAACAUGUAAUAUUCUUGUGCAUGCGUUUUGUGGGAAAGGCCUUUUGAAAGAAUCUAAAAUGCUUUUUGAAAAAUUAUUAACUGAUGAUGAUGGUGAAGGAAAACCAGAUUUAGUUACCUCUACCAUAUUUAUGGAUUAUCAUUUUAAGAAUGGAGCUAUGGUUCAAGCUCUUAGUCUUUGGGAUGAGAUGCUUCAGAAGAAUGUAAAAGUAGAUGCUGUUGCUUACAAUGUUCUAAUCCAUGGACUUUGUAUGGGUCAAAAAAUGAAUCUUGCUUAUGGAUAUGCUUGUGAAAUGAUUAAGAAAGGUUUGCUUCCUGAUGUGUUUACUUACAAUACUCUUAUCAGCGCCCUUUGCAAGGAAGGCAAGGUUGAUGAAGCUUGCUAUCUUCUUGGGGUUAUGUCUAAAAUGGGAAUUAUUCCUGAUCAAAUAUCCUACAAUAUUAUGAUACAGGGCCUUUGUUUGAAUGGAUAUGCUGUUAGAGCCAAACAAUUGCUUCAAUUUAUUUUGGAUUAUAUAACGGUGCCCAAGCCUUUAAUAUGGAACCUUGUAAUUGACUGUUAUGGAAGAUGUGGAGAUCUUAGCAAUGCAUUCUUUAUGAAAGAUCAGAUGCUGGCUUUUGGUGUUCCGCCCACUGUAUUUACUUAUAAUGUAUUAAUUAAUGCGCAAGUGAAGAUUGGGAACUUUUAUGAUGCUUAUUCUCUGAAGGAAGAUAUGGUUUUAAAUGGUGUCUAUCCUGAUGUGGUUACUUACAAUUUGUUGAUUGGUGCUGCUUGCAAUUUAGGCAACCUUAGUGUUGCACUUCUAUUAGUUGAUGAGAUGCUCAAAAUGAGAUAUGAGCCAGAUUUGAUUACUUACACUGAACUAAUUAGAGGGUACUGCAUUAGAGAUAACAUAAAAGAGGCAGCAGAGCUUUUUGGCAAAAUACAGAAAUCUGGUUUAUUGACCGAUCAUGUUCCAGUUCAGAUUCUUUUUAACAAAUACUGCAAACUGGAAGAACCAGUCAUGGCAUUUAACUUUUAUCAGGACUGGUUGAUGAGUAAGCAUUGCUGUCAUCUUCACUAAAUACGUUAUUAUGCCCAUUGAUUUAGACAUUGCGGAGUCACACUUUGGAAAAGAAAGCUGUGCUUGAUUGAAAGUCUUCUUUUGGUUUCUGGAGCAGACUUCAACUAAAAUGUGCUUCUCAUGUUUGGGCUCAUAUGAGUGACAAAUGCUCUAGUUAAACAAAUUGCUGGAUUUGGUGAGAACAAUGGAGUUUACUGGUCCCAUGUUUUACAUACAAGCAUUUCUGGCUUUCGUGGAUUAUGUUGUUGAUCAAAAGUUUGAACCUAAGAUGUCCUGCUAACUACUGACAACCUUCACUGCUUGUCCACACCUAGUAGCUUUAAGCACUCUGGGAUUUUUUGGAUUUGCUGGUUCUCGCUUGUGUGGAGUGACAUUUUGGUCAUUUUUGGAAUGCAGCAAUUUCCAGAUUCAUGUAGAUGGUACCAGUGGAUAAAAAUCAGUUCAGGUGUCACUAUGCUGCUGCUCAGAUUGCUUUGAAAUCUUGUUCUCGUUUCAAACAUGGUCAUGACGAUAUUAGAACAGUGAGCAGUGAACGUACGGGAGGGAAAGCACGACGUGAAACUGUAGUUCCUCAUAAAUGUGGGACUCUAUCUUCCAUUCUUUGGGAUAAUCCUACCUAAAUUCAUUAUUAUUUUAUGAAUCAUAAGGAACGUUGGGAAAAAGUGGCACUUCGUUACAUGAAGGAUAUCGGGAUGAUGCAGCAUUGUCAUCAACAUCUGGAGUUUUGGAAUAAGAAUCGGAAUUAUAGUCACUAAUUCAUAUUGUUGAUCGAAUGCCUCAAACUGCGAGUCUGCGACCUUGAGGACUUUAGCCACAUGAAGCUUCCACAAAUUCAAAAUACAUCAAGGGGAUGAAUCCCAUUCAGAGUGGCAAGAGACGUUUAGAAAUAUAGGCUGGAAAUUUAGCUUUACCAUGUGGAAAAAUUAAUUAUUGGCCAGAAAACAAGUAUAAUUUUAUGUAUUGAUUGACCAUAUGGUUCUAUUUAUAUUUAUUUUGAGG